AUGGUAGAAGGUAUGCCAACUGUUAAAAGAGUGGAGAAAGUUUGUGAUGGGUGUGCUCUUGGGAAACAGCAUAGAACACCUUUUCCACAAGUGUCAAGUUAUAGAGCAGAGAAGGGAUUAGAACUUGUGCAUGCAGACUUGUGUGGGCAUAUUACUCCCAAGACUCUAGGGGGUGCCUCAUACUUCUUGCUGGUGGUGGAUGAUCACAGCAGAUAUAUGUGGGUGGAAAUGCUCAAGACAAAAGAUCAGGCUCUAGAUUGUUUCAAGAAAAUCAAACUAAGCGCUGAAAUGGAAUCUGGUGGCAAGUUGAAGGCCCUGAGAACAUAUAGAGGGGGAGAGUUUACUUCUAAUCCUUUCUCAAUUUUCUGCAGUGAAGGUGGGAUUAAGCACUACACCACCACCCGUUAUUCUCCCCAGCAGAAUGGAGUGGUAGAAUGUCGAAAUCAAACAGUUGUUGAAAUGGCUAGGUGUAUGCUGAAAACAAUGAAGGUUCCAUCUGUUUUUUGGGGUGAGGCAGUCUGUACUGCUGUUUAUGUGCUGAACAGGUCAUCUACCAAGAGCCUGAACAGCAAGACCCCAUUGGAAGCUUGGCAUGGAAGAAAACCAAGAGUUAGCCACCUAAAAACUUUUCGUUGUGUUGCUCAUGUGAAAUUGGUUGGUCCAGGUUCCAUUAGCCCACCGAGAUCACCUGCAUUGAAGAAGUUCAAGCCAAAUCCAAGGAGGCAGCCAGAGAAGAAGAUGGGCGACGGCACGUCAUCGAGUGCGCUCCCCGACGGCGUGAAUUAUGAAGCGAUGGAGAUAUGGGAGACGAUUGAUCCAUGCACCAACGUCAAGCGAUCUCAAGAUCGACAGGCGAUGGGGGUGCUCCUGCCUUCUAUCCCGAAGGAGAUGUGGGCGACACCGGGGGGGGCACAAGACCGUCAAGGAUGCGUGGGAGGUGGUGCAGACGAUGCGUCUUGGUGCCGAUCGCAUGAAGGACGUUAA